AUUUUCGAGAGACAGAGAGAGAAGGGAGAGAGCACUUUCUUAUAUUCAACGUUGGAUCUUUUUCUUCCUUCUUUCUUUUUCUUCUUCUUCCUUCUCUCUGGUUUGAGCCUUUUCCUUUUCCUUUCAUAUAUAGAUAAGAAACUAGCCUUAGAGAGAGAGAGAGAAAGAGAUGGGUGGUGAUCUCUGCAACAGAAGAAGCAUGGCUCUUGCGGGUGGCGUUAGGGUUGUGCUGGUGCUGGCGCUGGCGCUGGCGUCGGUUCAUGCAGAGCUCCAGAGGUUCGAGCAGGCCGUCAACCCCGACGGAUCGCUCAGCUUCCUGGUGGUGGGCGACUGGGGACGGCGCGGGGAUUACAACCAAUCUCGAGUCGCUCUCCAGAUGGGGAGGAUUGGGGAGAAACUGGACAUAGACUUCGUUGUAUCGACGGGAGACAAUUUCUAUGACAAUGGCUUGACUGGUGAACUUGACCAUGCUUUUGAAGAGUCAUUCACCAACAUCUACACUGCCAAAAGCUUGCAGAAACAGUGGUACAGCGUGCUGGGGAACCACGAUUACAGAGGAGAUGCAGAGGCACAGAUGAGCCCUGUCCUGAGAAGAAUUGAUAGGAGGUGGCUCUGUUUGAGGUCUUUCAUUGUCAAUGCAGAAUUGGUCGAGAUCUUCUUCUUGGACACCACCCCCUUUGUCAAAUCCUACUUCACCGAUUCCGAGGGACAUACCUACGAUUGGCGCGGCAUUAAAUCGCGCAAGUCUUACAUCGCAAACCUGCUUAAGGAUGUGGAAUCCGCGGUUAAGGCAUCAACCGCAAAGUGGAAGAUUGUCGUCGGCCACCAUGCCAUCCGAAGCAUAAGUCACCACGGCGAUACUCAAGAGCUCAUCAAGCAUCUCCUCCCGAUUCUUCGGGCCAACAGCGUCGAUUUCUAUGUGAACGGCCACGACCAUUGCCUCCAACGCAUCGGGGACACCGAAAGCCCGAUACAAUUCCUAACAAGCGGAGCAGGGUCAAAAGCAUGGAGGGGUGACGUCAAAGAGACUAACAAAGGCAACGUGAGCUUCUUCUACGACGGGCAAGGGUUCAUGUCGGUGCGCUUGACUCAGUCCAACGCGGAGAUCGUCUUCUACGAUGUCUUUGGCGAGGUCUUGCACAUGUGGAACGCGCCGAAGCAGCAUCAUUCUGCCAUCUAGAGAGAAUACCCAUUUGAGGGAUCAUUCCUUGCAGGAAACAUUGGCAAGAUUGAUGAAUUUUGAAGGAAUUGAAGGGGAGAAAUUUGUUUAGUAGCUCUCACAGGGAAGCACAUGAGCUAGCAAUUAGCAUUGUAGUUGGAGGCCAGAGAUGGGUUAGGAUUGGGUGGCAAGGUGCUGGCCAUUUCUUUGAUUUUGUACAGGGUUUAGUGACAUUUCUUUUUUGAUGUAAUCUUGAGCAAAGUCUCGAUUGGAGGCACCAUCAUGUGUCAGUGUGGGCCCUAAUGUGCCUUAUCUAAUGAAAAGCUUUAGGGUGAUUCGAUUA